AUGCCCAAAUCGCCCUUCACACCCCCCCCCCCCCCCAACGCAGAACCUCCUCUCCCCCGAAAGGCCAAGGCCUCUAAGCACGCCAGAUCCCGCCGACCCCGCCCACAAAUGUCCACCCGCUCCGCCCCCAGCGUCAGCCCGCCCCAGCCCCAGCUCCGCCCACAGCAGUCCUUCCCGCCCCUGCCCGUCCUUGCCCCACCCCCGAUCCCGCCCAAGGGCCCUGGCCACUCCUCCCUUCGGGACCCCCUCAAACGGCUCUCUGAACUCGAAGCCCCGAGGUCCGCUGUGCCUGGACCAGUCCCACCUACUCACUGUCCGCCCGCGGCAGCGAGGCCCAACUCCUGGGGCACCGUUGGGAAAAAAACAUCGCUAGGGUCCGCCGCUCCCACAUCCAAGAGGGGUCUAGUCGGCGGUGCAAGCGGGGCGACCUCGACCUGCGAUGAACAGACUGGAGCCUCGUGGUUCGUGCCAGAUACCACUCGUAGCGCGGAGCCUAGAGCGCCUCGGCGCUGUUGGCGUCGGCCGUCGCGGCAGCGCAACGUCCGGCAAGAGAGCGCUCCACUCGCCUUCGGCCCGCCUUCCGCUCCCCGCCCAGGACACACCCCUGCUUAG